AUGCCUCGUCCAACCACUCGUCAGGAAGUCCUCGAUCGCCUGCGCGAAACCAUUGCGGAUGGCUCCAUCGUCGUGGGAGCUGGCGCGGGGAUUGGCCUCUCAGCCAAGUUCAUCGAAAAAGGCGGCGCCGAUCUCAUCCUCCUCUACAACUCAGGUCGAUUCCGUAUGGCUGGGCGAGGAUCGCUGGCCGGUAUGAUGCCGUACUCGGACGCCAAUCAGGUGGUGGUGGAAAUGGCCAACGAAGUCCUACCUAUCGUCGAAAACACCCCCGUGCUGGCCGGCGUGUGCGGUACCGACCCUUUCCGUAGCAUGCCCGAAUUUUUACGAGAACUGCGUCGCAUCGGGUUCGUGGGCGUGCAGAAUUUCCCCACCGUCGGACUCAUCGACGGCAAGUUCCGCCAAAACCUCGAAGAGACGGGCAUGGGCUACGAUCGCGAGGUCGAGAUGAUCCGUCUGGCCCAUGAAAUGGACCUGGUCACCACACCAUACGUGUUCACCGUCGACGAAGGACAGCGUAUGGCUCGCGCUGGCGCCGACGUCAUUGUCGUGCAUGUGGGACUGACCACGUCAGGCACGAUCGGUGCCCAAACCGCCAUGUCGCUGGAUGACUGCGUGUCUGUCAUCCAGGAGAUUCGUGACGCCGUGGUGCAGAUCCGACCGGAGGUGAUCGUGCUCUGCCACGGCGGUCCGCUGGCGGGACCCGAGGAUGCGGAAUACGUGCUGAAGAGGACCAAGGGGGUACAUGGGUUCUUCGGAGCGAGCAGCAUGGAACGAUUGCCGGUGGAGAUGGCUCUGCAGGAGAAUGCGAGACGAUUCAAGCAGAUCCAGAUUGACGGUCUGUAA